CGUGUUAAGUUCGGCAGCAUGCGAACAAACAAAUUCCGACUCCCGGGAGAGAGCGAACUUGUCAGAGCAAACAAAGGAAGCAUGCUGACCUAUCUCCUGAUCGAUGCGGACUCGUUUCAUACUUUACGAUUUGAUUGAGACCACGUUUUCGUUAUGCACGUUGUUGGAUCUGUGUUCUGGGCAGUGUAAGGUUCGACAGGCCCGAAAAACUUGGAGAGGAAGGCAAAGUAACGCAUCCGUAUUGCUUCCACAGUGCCAUGCGUGGUGCUGGUCACACGCAAGUUGGCGAUGCAAGUUGGCGACGCAAGUUGUAACUUUCGAGAAAGGGGAAUAAAAAUUGUAAAAAAAGAAUAUGUUCCUCAGAAGCAGGAACAGCUGUAGCUCGGAGGGCUGCUGUCAGGGACAUCGCAUACGAUCGCCGAGCGCAUGCGCUAAUACUGUCAG